AGCAGAGUAGUUCUAUCACCACCUCAUAACAUCAAACGAAAAGCUUGUGCUUCUUAUUCACCCAUUUUCUUUCUGUAAUCUGACAGGAAAAAAAGACAUGCUUAUCUGCUAGUGAAGCAGUUAAUUUGUUCAUGUGAAAGCUUACUAUGGCUGAAAAUAAUGGACAAGGGAUUGGAAGAUAUUCAGGAACCUCUCGUGUUGCACUCAAUGAAAGAAUUCUCUCCUCUAUGUCUCAUAGAUCUGUUGCUGCUCAUCCAUGGCAUGACUUAGAGAUUGGGCCAGGUGCACCCGCAAUCUUCAACUGUGUGGUUGAAAUACCCAAAGGCAGCAAAGUGAAGUAUGAGCUUGACAAAGCAAGUGGCCUUAUAAAGGUUGACCGAAUACUGUACUCAUCAGUUGUUUAUCCACACAACUAUGGUUUCAUCCCAAGAACCCUUUGUGAAGACAGUGAUCCGAUGGAUGUCUUGGUACUGAUGCAGGAACCUGUGCUACCUAGUACCUUUCUUCGUGCUCGUGCAAUUGGAUUGAUGCCUAUGAUUGAUCAGGGUGAGAAAGAUGACAAGAUAAUAGCAGUAUGUGCUGAUGAUCCCGAGUUUCGCCACUACUCAGACAUCAAGGAGCUUCCUCCUCAUCGGCUUGCUGAAAUUCGGCGCUUUUUUGAAGACUAUAAAAAGAAUGAGAACAAGUCAGUUGCAGUGGAAGACUUUCUUCCUGCUGAAGCAGCUGUUGAUGCCAUUAAGUAUUCCAUGGACCUGUAUGCUUCUUACAUUGUGGAAAGUUUGAGGAAGUGACCUUGUUGUUAAGAACAUGCUGCAGUCAUUACCGGAAAUUUAAGUAAAGAAGCUGUUGACUUGUUGAAGCUGGCUCUCCCAAUUUCAUAUGCUUACUUUAGUUUAACAUGGUUUUAUUGGAUAUUUUAAAUAUAUGUAGAACUUCUUUAAUUUGCAUGAAUUCAGAAAAGCUGUAGAAAAGAAGCAUCGGGGAAAACUGGAAAAUAUGCACUGCUAUCCUGUAGAAAGAAUGCUUGCCCAAAAUAUGAAAAAGUUUAUUACCAAUAUA